AAGUUUUCAGUGCUGUGGAUAUAAGCAGGACAGAUUUACUUUCAGAAUGCCCAUCACGAUUUGUGAGUAUGAGUGUCUUGAAAAUGUCGGAAUUCUUCGCGAUAACGACCGUGAAGAGUUCAUCGAGAAAAUAACUUCGGGGGCAAAGAGAAUCAAUCAGUUGGGUUUUUCUGCACGACUUGCUUAUGCAGAUUUGGACAUCGAAAUUCGCAGCAAAUGCUACCUGAUGACCGUGGAUGAUAAUUUUGUGGCCAAGGUACGAGUCGAUAAUCCACAACUCAUCAUUCAAGCUGUCGGAUUCGAUGCGGCGAAGAGAAAUCUGCUUCAACAGCUGCGGAUUUCCGAAGUCCUACAGGACGAUCUGGCGACUGAACGGGAGACGAGGCAGUCCUCAGUAGUAGAGGCAAUUCAGAAUACCCUAAAGCAAAUGUUGGAGUACGGAAACAGAUCAGAAUAUGUUCAAUUGUGUUUUUUAAUAAGCAACCAUACUGCCAGCUUGGACUUUUAUCAGCUUUGUGAGGCCAUAAAAGCAAACGAAUCAAUAAGCACAGAACUGCGUUCUGCAGCAACAACAUUUUUUGACUUUGAAGCCCGUAUUGCUGCAAGAGAUAAGAUUUUGGCUCAGUUUAAUCAUCGUCAGUCGACAUCUGGUGCAAAACCAAUCGCUCAAUUACGCAAAAUUGUAGAUGAAAACAUUACUGCCUACAGGAAGCAACUAUUGGAAAUUGCACCGUUCUAUUUGAGACACUUUCUCACCAAUUGCAGCAACGAUCGAAUAACCUUCGUGUCUAACAAAGAUGUCGCUCUAUUCUCUGAUAUGACGGAAAGCCUAGAUAAAGAAAUAUUUCAGAAACCGCUUACCCACCUUGCUGUUCGUUGGAUUAAUUCAGUGGAGAAAUUAACAGCAACUAAACCGCUCCCAGUAAAUGGAUUGAUCAAUACGGCUUUCUAUCUACUGGCAAAAAGCGUGCAGCAAUUGGUUAUUGAAAUCAGUGAUCAAACAGACCACAAAGCGGAAGAUCUUCUCAUAAGUGACAGUUCGUCUGGAUGGCAUUCGAUCAGAAUGAUUACUUGGAAGUCUAAGAGCGUGUUGACAAAAUGUUUGGAGCGGGAAUAUUUUUUCAUCUUCAAGCUAUUGAGGCAUUUCGAUCUUAAUGAUGAUAGUGAAGAGCAACCUUCUAAGUACAUUCGAAAGUUGAUUGAAGAACGAACAUUUAACUUAUCACCAGAACAACAUAUGACAUGGAACCAACUCGCGAGAACAACAACACCUACUCUAGGAGUGGAUGGUGGAAGCGAUAUCAGUUCAAUGAACAUCGCUGACGAAAAGUACAUUUGGUAUUGUCUACUGGGUGACGUUCUUUUCCAUACUCUACCACCAGAAUAUAAAUUUGAUUGCUUCAAAACCAUCUUCGAGAGCUACGUGGAAUUUAUGAUUGAGGCUGGUCCCAAUCAGAUGGAAAUGCUGCGUGUUAUUACUCACAGUACAGCCCGUUUUAUAAUACAAACUAUGACGUGCCUGGCACAAAAAGAUUGCUCCACGAUUGACCAUCAAAUUUUGCAAAAACAACUCAACUUAAUUUAUGCUAGAUCGCUUCAACUCUUUUCCACUCCAACCAGCUUCCGAGAUUUGGUUAAUGAGUUCACCAUAUAUUGGAAACAUAGAGAAGACAUUUUAACUGUACUUCCAACCAAAAUCUGUCUUUUUGAGAUGGAAUCACUGAUAAAGGUUUUGCUGGAAAUUGUUUCGACUGCUUUGGAUAAAAAUGUCACUUUGGAAAUCUGGGAAUCCUUUUUCAAAUCAUACAAUGAGCUCUUGAUGGAUUUGAAUAAAGUUCAAUACGAUUGGUAUGUAAAAGCUUUCCCUGGCGUCAGCAUGACUACGUUAGAAAAUUUAAAACUUAUUGAAAUAAUCGAUAACAGAUGGGCAACUACAGAACAUAAAACUUAUCGGGUUACAGAAGUGGAAAAGUUUGCCAAAGCAACAUCAGCAUUUCUCGAAAAUUCAUCAUACCCUAAGCAUUAUGUUAUAGACGUAAUACUAACGAUGUUGUCUUAUGUUAUCAACCACCUAACGAAAGUCCAGUGGAAGUCAGGUACUAGACUAUCCGAAGUGGAACAACUCUGUACGUCUAAAGAGCUUGUAAAUGCCGUGAGAAAGUCAAUCUUGGAUCCAAUGGACAGCCUGAUUAUGUAUCCUUCAAUUUGUAUCGGGAUGAACAGAUCAAACCCUUUGCAAAUGCGAUUAAUAACAGUAGCUCUCAUGCAGACUUUACCGAACGUAUCGAGCGUAUUGAGAAGUCAUCUUGUAGUUUUCUUCGAAAACAAAAUGAAAUGGACAUUGAUCAAACUCUGAAGUUGUUUGGCCAAACGAACAACGCAUCCGAGAUAGAAAUUUUACGUUCCGUAUAUCUGAAGUAUAAUGAAUUUUUUUACCAAUUCAUCGAGGAUUCACAUGAUGUUCCAGAUUACACUACGGAAGCAUCUCAGGUUGCUAACAAAGUGUUAGAAAUGAGGUUCCAAAAACCAUUUGCAAGCUGGACUAGUGAUGACAAACGAGAAAAAAUACCAAAGCUCCUGGCAGGGUUGGCCGCUGU